AUGGAGGUCGCGGGCAUCGAGCACAAGGCGUCUGCAAUCGAGGUGAUACUGCUGCGGUCUGCGCGCCGCUACGACCUGGACACGGACGCCGUGGUGUUCGGCAACGGACACCCGUACACGCGCGAGACGUACCGGAAGGCGGGCGUCGGAGAGACGGCCGACACGAUCUUUGAGUUCAGCCGCGGCAUGGCGGCGAUGAAGGUGGACAACGCUGAGUACGCCCUGCUCACUGCCAUCGUCAUCUUCUCAGAGCGGCCGAGCCUCGUCGACCCGCGCAAGGUCGAGAAGAUCCAGGAGAUCUACCUGGAGGCGCUGCGCGCGUACACGCAGCUGCAGCGUCCGCCCGGCGCCUCGUCCAACGUGCUCGCCCGCCUCCUCAUGAAGCUCACGGAGCUUCGCAGCUUCUCGAACGAGCACUCGGAGAUGCUCUUCUCGCUGAAGCUGCAGCACCACAAGCUGCCGCCGCUGCUCGCCGAGAUCUGGGACGUGCAGUGAGAGCGGGAGAGGUGCAGGGGGAGAGUGGGAGAGGGGAGAGGGCUCGGCGGGAAGAGCGGGGAGAGUGGGAGUCCAGCGAGGGAUCGAGGACCGGCAGUGGGAGUGAUGCCCGGCGGGAGAGCGGGAGCCCAGCAGUGGGAGCGAGGCCCGGCGGGAGAGCGGGAGCCCGGCAGUGGGAGCGAGGCCCGGCGGGAGAGCAGGAGCCCGGCAGUGGGAGCGAGGCCCGGCGGGGCGAGGCACGUGCUCGGAACUCGAGAUGCGCAAGACUUGGCGGAAGUCGACGCAAAGAACACUAGAGUGCGCCACGUGCACGUCUGUCUUCGUCGGGGAAUUCUGCAAGGCUGGCUUCAGGAUGGCUUGACCCAACGGCGCACUGAUCCUUCGCCGAUGUUGUGACGGCCACUCGCUGACCGCUGUAAAUAUAUAUCCGAUCGGUAGGUGGCGCCGGUGAUCACUUCCGAUCCACACGUCUACCGUCCCCAAGUCUCCAGUAGGUUAAUUUCAUCGGUGUCAAUCAUGCACACUCAUUAUUCUCUCUUUCUAUACAUAAAAAUACAUACGCAUAUAUAUAUUAUACAUGAUUCUUGCAUGGCGCGAUGCAUUUAUUGAAAUAUGAUGAAUUUUAUUGCCUCUGCAGUGCGCGUUUUUCGACUGAGAGGCAGGAAUACGCAACCGAGAGUUUUGAAGCACAUAUUUAUUACUUAAUAUCGUGUUACUAAUUGAAGAGUGAGAAUAUGCCGCAACGCGUGUGUUGUGCCUACGUACUUCAUAGAUUAUAAGCAGUAGAUUUGUUGACCUUUCCGAUCACAGGUAGCUAUACAUACGUACACAUAUAUUAUAUAUAUAUAUAUAUAUAUACAUGUAGCAUAGGUUUGUGCCCGCCUGACUGCUUGCUUGUCGCACCUUAGCACACGAAUUCCAAUGACGUUUUCUAAGUUUUUCGGUGCUGGAAGUUAUCGCUAUAUAUGUCUCGCUAUUUCGCGCAGGAUUUUUCGGUAUUUCGCGCAAGAUUUCUCACAUGUUUCACGCGAGAUUUCUUGCUAUUUCGCGCGAGAUUUCUCUGUACUUUACGAGAGAUUUCUCACUAUUUCGCGCGAGACUUCACGCAGCAUUCUACCACUAGUUAUUAUUGUUGUUGUUGUGCUACACAACACAGGGUGGAUGGACGGUCGUUCCACCGACCGCCUACCGAGUUUUUAUUAACCGUUACAAUAGCAAUAACGCAUCUAGCGGGAACCCUCAGUCAACCCUGCACUGCAUUUAUCUUUCGCGCCCCUAUUCUGAUGGUGAUGGUGAUGAUGAUGAUGAUGAUGAUGAGGAUGAUUUUGCUCGUAUUUUUGGUGCGGCAUAUGGUAAGGAAGACAGGCGUGUGGCAGCGGGCACUUUUCUUCUUCUGCAUGUUUACUACUAUCUGCACAUCAUUACCUCUAGUUUGCACCGCGGCAUAGAUAUGUAUGUGUUAUUA